AAAUACUUCUUUUGAUCUAAUUCUAAAUAUAUUUUAAGUUUAAAAAAAAAAAACAAAAAAUGCACCUUUAUUAAUCUCUAAUUUCAUAUCUCUUCUCGCAAAUUUUAUGUCCUUUUAUUUUUCGAUUCUGAAUAGGAUAUUAGAACGAAGUUAUAAAAUUCUUGUAUUAUCAUCGGGUUCGUUGAUUUUUGUGAAAAUUUUCUAUUUGAUAUGACGUUUUAAGUUGAUGAAAAUGAGGUCUAAAGAUUCCAUUACAUACAAACAUGCAGAUAUACCAUUCCAAGCCAAUGAGGGCGUGUUUAAAAUAGUCUUAAUCUAACUCUUUUUAAGCUACAAGCUUGCGUUUCGUUCAUUCGAUGGAGUUUAAAAUUAACACCAUUAUUAUUAGUAAUUUUUCUAUACAAUUUUUUUUACGAAAUAACUUUUAUCAAUACAAAAAUACGUAUAUAGGACGCAAAUAGAAAUGUUGUCGUAAAAUCUGCAUCGAGCAUUAAAGCGCUGUUUUUAUCAUAACAAACCUUAUUAUAACUUAGCUAACGUUGUGUGAGCUUAGGCAUUACUGUCAUAUUUAGUUUGAAUUAAAUUAUCAUUUCCUCAGCUCGUGUAGCAAUUUCCGCAGUAGAAUUUUACAGCCGCUUCAGCGCUUCAUUAGUAACUCGUAAGGGCUUGCUUUACGCAUCAGCUCCGACUCCCACACGAUCAGAUCGCUAGUACGUGUCAUUGACCGUUUGAGGUAGGCGACACGACAAGGCGGUUCGAUCGUUGCGCUUUCUCUUAAAUAAAUAAACAGCAGAUGCACUGGUCGCCGUGUUCUAAUUCCAAUUGAAAUAUUAUUCAACAUGAAAAUGUAGAGUGAAAUGUUUUUAUUUUAGUCUUAUAAUAAAUGAAAUAAUAACAAAUGUUAUCUGAACACGUGCUGGUUUAAGCUUUCGUUCGAAAUACGAAAUUUCGGAAGUUGCCAGAAGAAUUCGGAACCUUGAAGGUUUUUCAAAUUAUGUACGAAAAAAAAAAAAACACAUAAGCCGUUAUUAUUGGAAGUAACCACACACGCGGGACGCUUGUUCCGAACCAUAGACAGAAUUUCAAUAGGCAAGUUCGCUUAUGAAACAAACCGAGGUCAGCGGCGGCGUGUACCGCGUAGCUAUAAUCAAAAUCUUGCGUGAUCGGAACCCUCACGAAAUCAUUUCUGUCUGCUUCAACCGAAAGUGGUAUAAAACAAGGGGAGUUAUUACAUCGGAAUGGACGUGCAAAAUCAGUGUACCGGUGUUGUCGGUGGUUCAUGUGGCGUGCAUUUCGAUUGUGGAACAAGGCGCGGAGGAAAAAUCGAAUUUCCAUGUCGGCAGUCGAGGCUGAGGCGGCGCGGCGCACACAUCGCGCACACAGCGCCCGCGCGCGCCUUCUCCCGCGAAACUUCGCUUCACGUAAUUCAAAACUUCUACGCGCCAUCCGAACAGACUAGUGUUAGUGUACGCGUUUCCGUGUCUAUGGUACGGUGGGCUAAUUAACGGAUUAUGGGCCGGGCAAGGGUCGGCCCGGGCGCGGGUCAACUCGCCGUCCUAACGUACGAAAUUCGUAUUCUUCAUUACAAGGUGCCUUCAAGAGUUCGGGUGCUAAAUAUGAUCUUCGGACAAGUGUUAUUCAGUGAAGUGAUCAAAGUGGGUUGGCCAUGAAAUAUCGAUACCUAGAGAAACUUAGCGUUCGAUGGAAGGUCUCGAAGAACCAAAGACUGCGACUUGAUGUAAGGAACGAAACAUGACUCGAAAUGAAUCCAAAAAAAACAAUUGAAGAUAACAUUUUCUAAACGCCAAAUUGCGCUCGCUUCCAUUUGAGUAUAAUUUUUCUCACUAAACAUAUCUUAGGGUAAGGUUACACAACCAAGUGAAUUUAUAAAAGAGAUCAAUUAGCUUCUAUUUAGAUAAUUUCUUGCCUUUAUCGUGCCUAUCUCUAUUCUUAUUCUAAAGUGAUUUAAAACGAAAGUAAUAAAUUCUGUGAUCGAACUAAUAUAGGUUCAUAUCAGUGUUUUUUUCUUGUAAAUAUUUAAAUAAUAUUUUUCAAAAAUUACUAGUUAGGAAACAAAGUGCUCUGGAUAGGUUUUAAAAGACUUAACGGUACGUAAUAAGGAAGUUAAGUUCUGUGCGGAAACGUGCCUCGUGCCAGUGAGUCGGCUUGAGGCUGAACUUUCUGCAGACGUUCCCCCAAGGCCACAAACCUGGCAAGUAUGCAGGCAGCUCUUAUGCUAAGAGCUAAAUCUCGGGAGAGGAGAAAACAACGCUUGAAAAGAGGCAUCAAACAGGAGCUACCGAGUAAUGUCGCCACGAAGACGAUCGCGCCGUUCCCGCGAUAUCCUCCUGCUUCAUGGUGUGCAGCUGGGCGCGCGGCGUGGCAAGAGGCGGCGGCGCUAUCGGUGGGGGGAGGCGGCGCGGGCGCAGGAGGCGCGGCACGGCGCUGCUCUGUCCUGGGCGACCACCCCGGCGCCCGCCGCGACCCACGUGGAAAAUGGCAUCGAAACAAUCGCGUCCGAGACGCAUCAUAUGGGUCAUCAUCAGACUCCGACGGCGAGUUGGAGGGCAUCAGCGGCGAGCCCUGGGGUGUCGCGAGACUACUGUAUGCUGGUCUGGCUACUUUGGCCGUCGGUCUCGUUGUUUACUUCGUUGGCACCGGAGACAAGGGUUUCAAAACGCCGGCCCUACGGCUGGUGGGGCCUUCGCUCAUUGUUGCGGGUCUUGCGUGUUGUCUCCUUCGUAUCGCCUUUUGUAUAUUCGCCAAGCCCUGCUGUCGUCGACGGACCAACUACAAGGAGAGCAGAAGACUGUCUGGCUGUGUCGAGGGAGAAGAGAUGCCGUUGGCGGGGAGCGGGUCGCGGGGAGUUGGACCCGCGCAGUGCUCGCCCGCGCGACGCCUCGACGCCUCCUCCUGCGACGUGUCCAGCCUCUCCAGCGGGGAGGAGGACGAGCGCAUGCGACGGUAUCGCACCGCAUCGCUGCAUCCUCCUAUUUUACACCAGGUCAUGGCGCAUCAAAAUGGCGGACAAAGCGGCCAUCGGUUAUCACCACAAGGCACGUUGCGACACAGUCCGUCCCCGCAGAGCGCGGCUCGGCACACGCCGUCACCGCACAGCACUAUGCACCACAGUCCGCCGACGCAGGCCGCCGCCUUGCCCGGUGCAGCGGUGCAACAAAGUGCAAUACCCAGCGCAGUGCCGCUAAGCGCUACGUUACCAAGCGCAAUGGCGUCGAGCGCGAACAAUGCCAACGCUGGUCGCCGACCGCCCCCUCGCAACGUCUCGUUCGCCGGCGGAUCCGACGGCGAACUCGUCCUUAGUCCCGCCCAACUACGGUCCUAACCUUAAAAACAAUGCGUGACUCGCGUUACCUUACCUUCCAAUCGGUCAUGUGAUUCAAUGAAACUCUGUUAUCAUGUGUGAAACGUUUCCGCAAAACACUCUACGGAUUUAUAAUUUAUUGGCACGUCUCAUAAUAGUCUUACUGGAAUCUAUGGUAAAAUAACUAACAUAGUGUCAUAAAUUAGUGUUUCAAACAAUAAAUAAAAAAAAUCUUGAUUUACUUUUAUGAUUUUUUACAAAUUCUCUAAAUAUUACGUCACAAAAAAUGUUACAAUGGAGUGUUUACAUUUUCUACUAUUACUUACGUUGCUUCUAAUCUGUGGACGCCUUUAACUAUUUUACAGUAGAUUUCGUGUCAUAAUAUAUCUAACUCUAAGAUUUAAUCUUAAUUCUGUAGCGAUUUAAUACUGAAUGUGCUAGAUUCACUGUCUAUAAGUCAACUAGUUACGCUCGACGGGGUGUGAAUUUGUAGAAGAAAAAAAACUACCAAACUGACAAUUUUGAGGGACUGUGGUAUGAUGAUGAGUUACACCAGGUUAAGUUUUUUGCAUUUUUUUUAUUUUGUUCACAGUGCAGUGAUAAAGAAACAAAUAAAUGUACACACUUAAAUAUAUUAAAACCAUUAUGUUCUUAAAUAAAAUUGUUAAUCAUUAAAUUGUUAACGAAUGCAAGCAAGUUCACAUCACGUCCGUGUUCGAAUCUAAAUCUUUAAUAAAUUAUUAACUAAAUUGUGUUAAAUUGCCUACUAUUAGACGCGAAUUUAUAUUUAAAUACUUAAAAACAUAAAAUAGAUUUAUAACUGACAAUAAUGAUUGUUAACUGAUGUAUAAAAUGUUAUGGCGUGUGUGCGUUAAUUUUAUUUAGUUACGUCCAACAAUAUGGAUGUAGUUCAAGCGUCAAGUUAGUAGAUUAAAAACUGAAACAAGAACUUGCAUAAAUAUGUUUUUGACAGAUAAGCUUCACAGUCGAUUCGUAAGGUUGUGGUUUAAAUUUUAUUACGAUUCAUCAAUCCAUCGAAUUAUGUAUAUCGAAAAAUAAUUUUACAUCACUAAACGGUUUAACUGUGUGGAAAUAAAUAGCCUGUAAAAUUACGAAUUAAAAUUAAAGAGGAUUUUUAUGAUAACUUGAAGAGUGAUAUUGUGUAAAUUUUUUUAUUUUAUUUUAUCAUCGAAUAUUUUUUUCAGGUUUAAGCACACGCUUAUUACACAAUCAUAUUAAAAAUCAUAUUAAAUUGUGAAAAGUUAACAAAUUCUUUGGACACUACUUCUCGGGUGCUUCGUAAAAAAAAAGAUUGAAGUUGCGCUAUUUGAUUGAGAGGAUUACUGAGGAAUAUUGUAAUAACUAAUAUAGGUCAAAAGUUCGAGUAGCCAAUGGUUAUAAGUACAAAAAAAAAAAUUAUGUCAGAAAGAAAAUCAUACGUUUAAAAGUAUCAUUUAAUUUUUAAUCAUCCAAUUAAACAAAAAAAAUCCAAUUAAACAAUUAAACAAACAUACUUGGAAUCUCCAUAGAGAUUAACUUAAACCAAACACUUAAAAAUUCAAUUAAAAUUAUAGUUACUCUAUCGUUGAAAUUCCUUUUUACAAUUCUUUCAACCAAGUCAAAUAUAUAUAUUUUUAAGUCUGUUAUUUAUUUUACUUACUCAAAACAAUACUUUAGUAGCUCGUUGCCGUCCAUCAAUGCUUUUAUCUCGCUGGUCACACACACAAAAUACUAGCGAUAUCUUGCCGCGUUAUCAACAUUCGGCUUAAAAGCAAGGCUUAAGAUGGAGAUAGUUAUGCUUUUGUCUAAAUAAUAUUUAAAAAUGAAUUCUUUCCGUUUUUUUUUCUUAAACUCCGCUGGUAUCCUAAGGGGAUAUUCCAGCUAAGCUCUGGCUGAUAGGUGAGCUUAUAUGAUGCUCUACCUGAGAGAGUUAACUUUUUUUUUUUUUAUGUUUGAAGGAUUACUGGUGGCCCGGAGGCCUUUCCAGUUUCACCAGGACAGGUGGGCGAGCAAAGGCUCAGCCAGGAGGGAUGGGAUUUGCUCACAGCUGCCCGAGCGCCUCCGAAGGAGACCUAACAACUCAAGAGUAGCUGCUUCGCGAAUGAAUCUACUACCGGAUCGGAAUCGCGACCCGCUGAGAAGAUCCGGCGAGAAACUCAGCGAGCUGAUUCAUGGGUUAGGUUGCACGGCGAACUCUUUGUCGAGUUCGACGAGUACGGUUACCGAGGUCCCUAAGCCUGCUCCUAGAGCUGAAGGCGUCUAGUGCAAAGGUUAUUGGAUCUGAUGGAUCCGUAAGGACGUGAGUUAACUUUUACGCUAUCGACAACGUUAAAAAACUCGCACUAAGUACACUGUUCUUCGCAAAAACUACCAUCGGAUCGGAAUCGCGACCCAUUGAGAAGAUCCGGCGAGUGGUUGACUAGUGGGUUAUGCCUAUGGAUUUUGUACAAAUAACUUUAGAAGUAAACAUUAUUCUUCGUCGGCUGUCGUCACAAUAACCUACUUGACGUUUGAACUACACAGACACCAAAUAUAUAAAUAUAGUUAGCUAAUUACAUAAAAUUGGUGUAUAGUGAGUGAUAUACUGUUUGACAGUCAUGUUUUUUAUGUGUAAGUAAUUUAAAAAAAGUAAUAAAUAUAUAUAUUAUAUUAAUUAUAAUGUGUGUUUACGCGUGCAUUGUAUAUUGCACAGAAUAGUAUAAUGUUUAUAAAUAUAUUGUAACAAUGAUAUAUUUUAGAAAUAUUUGCACCUUUCGUAGUGAAAUAUUAAAUUGUAUAACCGCAGAUUUUAACUAGGAUAUUGGAAUCGAGACACAAAAUUAAUAGUGUGUGUUUUUAAAAUAAAACGUGUUUAAUAAGUUUUUAUUAUCGAAACCAAAAUAUAAAAAAAGAAGAAAUUGUCUAUGAAAUAAAACAUUUUGAUUCGUUUUUGUCAAUUAUAUAUACCUUUGUCAUGAAGAUGUAGUUUAUUUGAAUUAUUUAAAUCUAAGGAUUGUCAAUUACUUACUGAUUAUUUUUGAUAUAAGAUUAGCGUUGCUGUUUAUUUUUGUUGUCAAUAUGAAUUGCUUGAAAAUGUAAUACCAUCUAACAUUCUUUUGAAGUGAAGAAUGAAUUGAUUUAUGCAAAAUACCAAAAAUAAAUAACAAUACCAAAAUUACCAAUGUAUUUAAAAUGUUGAAAUCGUAUGCAGAUAAUUUUUAAGUAAUUUUUUAUUCCAAAGACGAAUAAAUACAAAAUAGACUAACCCUAACAAUAAUUUAUGUAACAAAUCUAUAUACAUAAAUUAUUUCGUAGCGAAAAAUUCAUUUGCGUUGAUGCCUAAUAUUUACAUAUAAUUUCUACAAAUUUAUUAACUGACGCGUUAAGUUAGUAUCAUUUAAAAAAAAAGUAUAUUACAACACCAGAUUUAAACAUAGAUUUACGUAAAUAGGUGGUAAGAAAAAAAUAUGAGCUUCAUUUAGACUAAAUGGCUUACGUAACAGAGUGUUGUGUACAUUAACGAAAUAAUCGACCAUCAAACGUCAUUUCCUUACUUCAUCGUCUAAAAAGAUAAUUGAAUUCGUAAUUUACAACAAAAAAUAUAUUAUAUCAUUUUAAAGUAAAACCUGAUACUGAAAUGAGUUUUUGAAUUACGUCUCUGGCUUCUAAAACAAUGAAGUAUACAGUCUUGAUAUUUAUAUACUAUAUGCGAGUACCUAUAUUUAUGUUAUACAAAUACGUUUUCUGAUACUCGAUAGCAAAUUGGAGCCAUCGUUAAAUACGUAAGAAAACCGCUGUUAUUUUAUUUUUUAAUUACAUUAACAGCACAGACAAUGAAAAUUUUUCUAUUUAAUUCUGAUGGCGGAUAGAUUGGACACAGCUACUGAAACUUUACUUUAUGCAUUAAUGGCUUCAGAAAAAUGUAUACACGAUACAUUUCAAUUUAAUGACGUCACUAGUGGGCGAUUUGAAACUUUUUUUUUUGCGUGUAGGCUAUAUUAUUUUAGGCUGUGCUUCCUUGAACUAGGUGACGCCUUACAGAGAAGUGAGAGACUACACACAGAUUACUCAUUAAAGUUGAGAGGAUAUUAAAUUUUGUAACGACGAAAACGCGCACACAAAACUGGUAACAGGGUUCAUUUAGUUUAUUUACUGACAGACGGAUUCCCGUUUACCAAACUCAAAUUUUACGAUAAACAUUUAUAAAUUUUACCAUCAACGAACGUAUAUUUUACUAAGGGAAAUCCGUCAACACUUUUAAUGGACUAUAAAUAAAUCGAUAUAGUAAUGAAUUCGUUGAAAUUUCGUGACAAAAAUCUGCGUGCAACUGUCAAAAUCAAUGUUCGAAACAAAAUAUUUUUCACUUCGCCAAUUCAUAUCGCUUUCGACUAAUAGUAUGUUUUCAGCUUGUUCAAGAAUUCGAAGCGUUUUUAUUGUUGAAUUUAAUAUAACUUUGCUUUUAUAACUUUGAGACGACAUUACGAUAAUUUUUAACCACAUCACUUAAUGGGAAAUUGCAAAAUUACAGUCAUGACGCAAUGCUUAAAGGAUACAUAGGCGUUUGUCUGGUUUUUUUUUUGGAAUUCAUUUCAAAUGUUCAUUUUUAAAUAGGGCAUAGCAUCUGAAGGGCGUAUUGUGAGCUCGCACGAGUAACUUUUAGCUUACUGCCUAUUUCUAAGCAGUCAGCGUUGUGGUUUAAAGUACGAUACCUAUUGUAGCCGUCAUUAUACUAAAGAGCUCUCGAAGGUGUUCACGUUUGAGUGUUUAUGGGCGUCAAUAUAGACUUCAAAAUUGCCCGAGAAUAUUUAUGACGCGACUGAUCCAAUGACAUGCUAUCUGCGGCGGUAGUCAUCACGGAACACAAGAUAUUUGCCAGAUGCCUGAAUCUCGCUAACGAUAUUUUCAAGAUAAGCUUGCAUGCUCGUAUAUGUAUACAAGUUCUGAACAACAACAUUAGGAGUGACGCUAUACUGAGCAAUAUCACCCGCUCGGUGGAAGAUCUUUCCAUUCGUUGUAUACCUACAUAAUGGUACUGGUGUACUGGAACAUGGAUUUAUGUUUGACAAAGCUCAUUUCUGGCCUUAUUUAGAGUAGGUACUCUUCCUAUCUCAGGGCCGCAGCUCCCAAAAACUAGCUGCUUCCAUUUUAUUCUAUACAAGAAGAUGGCCAUUCUGACUAUUGAUAACCCCGUAUCCACGGAUCGUUUGCAACAAAUCAGUAUACGAACGAACUUCGAUUCUCUCUGUAAUUUUGUACCCCAUGUUCUCUGAGGAAUGCUCUCUAGGAUUAUUGGAGACGAUCCCGCGUUUUUCUUUAACUAUCGCACCGUCCACCACCUGAGUAGAGUACAUCCAUACUACCAAAAACCCGUUGCUUUCUACAGUGCGAUUCUAUUAGAUCGAUUUUAUUUGUGAACUUUCCAUGGUAUUUCGUGAGGGCUAAGACACAUCUUUCUUCAAACUUGAGGACUGUCGACAGUGAUAGACAGCGUUGCUGACAUCCAUGUAUGCUAACCUUUCUACAAAUGUAUAAAACAUAUUUAUUACCCGUGCGGACCCACAAAGCGUUUUAGGUAGUUGGUAACAGAGUUUUUUUUUUUUUAAUUUUAGCGUCUGACUUUUAUAGCACUAAGUUUUAUUUUAUCGUUCGUGAAAAGCAUUUUAGAUACGUAUUUACACUUGCAAUUGCUACCUGGCGUAGCGUUCAAACCGCAACAAAAUUAUGAAGGUUUUAAAAUAUGACUCAAAGUAUUAUUUUAGUAAUGUGAAAUACUAACAUACCUUAUAAACAUGGUUUUUUUUUUCAUUAUCCUAAUAUUUCGACCACACGAUUGUGGUUCUUAAUCGCAGGUUAUUCAAACAAUUGUUUAUUUCGUCUAAUGUUUAUAUUAAAUUAAUGGCAAAUGAUUUUCCGUUUUAGCUGUUCAUUUAUUUCAAUAAAACGUAUAUUAAGUUCUGUUCGCGUUUAUAAAUACACGUGCUUCCAUAUGGCUUGCAUUAACGAAUGUGUAAUUCGUGUUUCCUAUAUAAGUGCUACUUCAUAGUCUAAUAAAAUAGUUUUAUUUGAUAAGCUUGAAUUAAGUUUGUGGCCUAAUUUUGUUCCACGUUAUGAUGAUACUCUGAUUAACUGUUGUAACUAUACUUAAGACCUUAUAUAUCAAGAUGGGUGGCGCAUUUACGUCAUUGAUGUCUAUAGGCUCCAGUAAGCGCUUAACACCAGGUGGGCUGUGAGCUCGUCCACCCAUCAAAGUAAUAAAAAAAUCAUCACAUAAACAUUUUUUUUAGUAUUGAGUGAAAUUUUAUUUAAUUUAAUUUAUUGUGUACAAUUGAUAUAUGAUAUAUGAUGUACAUAGUUCAAAUUAACAAAAUAAGAAAUAUAGAUGUUCGCUGUUCGUUGUUCAAAAAUUGUUUUCGAAAUAGAAUAUUACUACGAAAUAUCCAAAUGAAAUUUGUACUACCUAUUUAUGACUACAAAAACUAACAACUGAGUGAUAUAACAUCAAAUUUAUACACACGCAGCACUGAUAUAAACGUAGAAAUAUCAUAUUCACGUUAUAAAAACAGUUUAGUAAAAAAGGACACAUUACCCCGAAUUGCUACUCACUAACUACUUGCUUAUAUUUUGAAGUCGGUUAUAAAUUCGAUCGCUUCCAGAAAUUAUUAAGGUUUGCAGAAUCAUUAUAAUCAACGGAGUGAAAUCAAAACGUGGAUUUAAAAAAUAUAACUUUAACAAAUACUUUUUUGUAAAUAUAAACUACUCUAGUGUAGCUACAGCUUACAUUAUAAGUAGCUUUAACAGUGUUAGCAAAUACAAUAGUAAUGAAACGCAAUUUUUUUACUGUAUUUAAGUUACGUGUAGAUACUGAUUAUGGACGUAAUAUUAAUUAUUUAGUUGUACAAUACGAUGUUUUUCAAAGAAAAGUACCUAUAGUAAGUUGCGCCACAGAACAUUUUAUAUUAUUAAUAUAAUUUAUUCAUUUUGUAAAAUAUGUUUCAUCGUUCAUUACCUAUAUAAACUGUUUUUAAAAUUAAGUUUUAUUAAGAAAGAAAAAAACGUUAUUGCCAUUAUAGGUUUAUACUAAGACGAUAUACCAAUGAAAAUUUAAAACAUGUACUUUAAUAUACAGACAGAAUUCACAUUGGAGUGUUAAAGGAAAAUGUAAAUUGACACAGCUCAAUAUUGCUUGAGGUUUUUUUUUUUAAAUUUAAUUUAGUAUACUUGUGUAAAUAAUUUCACAUCAUACCCGUGUUGUUCAUCGUUUGAAUUAUUUAUAGGCAUUGGUGCAUAUCAUGUGUAUAGAGCAAAUGAAUAAUCAAAUAAAUUAGAACGAAAAUAUAGUUGAUAA